AUGUUAGCGUCCAUCCCGCACAUGGAGACGCUGCGAUCCCUCCCUCGGAAUCCCGACGUCGUUGCGCGACACCCAUCGGCGGAAGACCUAGACGCUGCCCAGCAGCUUAUUUCGUCCGCCCAAGCCGGUCGAGAACACCCACAGGAUCGACAUUACACGGAUAAUGGAUCUCGGAAGUCUGAGGCGGGGGCUCCGCACAGUCAUCAUGAGGGAGAGUACCCCAUAGUUCAGACCUCCGAGACUCCAAUGAACGGGCAUCAUGUUGAAAAGACAUCUCCGAAAUCCCAAAAGGAUACCUCGUUCCUAGGGCAUUCUUGCAGUAAUUGUGGAACCAAGAGUACCCCCUUAUGGCGGCGGUCUCCUACUGGAGCUAUGAUUUGUAAUGCAUGUGGUCUCUACUUGAAAGCCCGCAAUGUUGCAAGGCCGACUAAAAGAAACCGAACGCAAGCAAGUCCCGAGGCGUAUCACCCGCAAAACCAAUCCGUUGGUUCUCAACCUGAUCCCGCUGUUACUGGAAGCGAAGGUUGUACUGGUUCUUGCCCGGGUGGUGGAAACUGCAAUGGCACAGGUGGUGCAGAAGGAUGCGACGGUUGUCCUGCCUAUAACAACCGCGUUUACAAGUCGACUGCACGAGGAAACGUCGCGGCGCAUGCGCUGAACAGGGCAGGAAAUUCGGAUGCUGUUCCGUCUCCAGAGGCUGAAGCACCUGCAAGGAAUAGUGGACAACCAGAGGGUAAUAUGCUGGUGGCUUGCCAAAAUUGCGGAACUACAGUGACGCCGCUCUGGCGGCGUGACGAGAACGGCCAUCCAAUCUGUAAUGCAUGCGGUCUCUAUUAUAAGCUUCACGGUUCCUAUCGACCUACCACGAUGAAGAAGACUAUUAUCAAACGGCGAAAACGGGUUGUGCCGGCUCUGCGAGAAAAUUCCCCGACUGCUGCUACCCAUUCUUCACACGGGUCAUCUGCAUCGCCAGAAGCAUCGUCACCAGCAACUCUGGCCUAUUCACAUGACGAGCGCCAUCGAUAUUACAGUUCAGAGCCUGUUGACCAAUACCACCGGAUUUCACCGGCGGCACAGAGGCCAUUUGGAUUCGCACCACCGCCGGUUGAUUUUACAAAUUUCAAUUCCGGGGCUGUAACGCUACCUCACCACCCGCCUCCGCCUAGGCUCCUCGAGCCAGGCCAUCCACCUCUUUCCCAAUUCGCUCGACGAUCAAUCUCACCGAGCUCGUCAGGGAACUCCAAGAAACGAACACUUGCAGAGGCCGGUGCUAAUACAGACACUGGCCCCGUUCCAACUACAUUAGAGGCCGGGUCGAAUCAACUUCCACCCAUUGUCUCGUCUGCUAAUCCGCCACCACCCGCUCGACUAAGUUCAAUAUCCUCUAUCCUCAACCAUGCUCACGCCCGCGACGAAAGUCGGUUAGACCCCUCUCUUGCUGCUUUGGGCCGCCAACAGCAAUCUCAACCGCAUCACCCACAAUCUUCACCGCUUGCACCUACCCAGGCAGCCUCCCAGUCACUACCCGGUGUAUCCAACAUGGAUAACCACGUUGAAGAUCGCCGCGCGAAGCUCCAGCGGGAAGCGGAAGAGAUGCGAGAACAACUCCGAGCUAAAGAAAGGGAGUUAGCGGAGCUGGCGGGUCAAUGA